CGAAUGUCUAAAAAGAAAAAAGAUCUAUAUUUUAUAGAAUAGAUUCUCGAUUAUAAAUAAUAUAAUGGAUAAAAAUACUAUCUUGUUAAAUGGUAAGGAUAUAAUCUUAGAGAUUGUACAUGGGAAAAGCCUGAGAAGAUUCCCAAUAUAACAUAAUAUUUAUGUGAAUAUCAAUAGAAUGUCAAAAAUUUAGGAUCCAAUUUUUAUUAAAUUGAAAAUGAUGAACCACCUUUGCUGGAAGAUUUCAUUGGUGUACCAAGUUAACAGAAAUAAACUGUAUUGCAAUAAUAAUAAGAAUAAAUUAAAAAACUUACAGAUUAAUUUAGUUAACUAAAACAAGAAUUAUAAUAAGUAUAAAAACAAUAGGAAGAGAUAUUAUAAAUGUUGUUACAUUAAGAAAAGAAAGUUCAUUAUUCAAAUUAAUAACAGGAUUCUGAGAAUAUUUAGGAUUCUAUUUCUGAAUUAUCUCAAAAGAAUACUGAGGUUAAGUUACCAAAUGAAGGAGGAUUUGAAUAUGGUGAUUAAUUAGAUAAAAUAGGAUAAGCUGCAUAGAUCAAAUAAACAGGCAUUAAAAUGUAUUAUUUAUUAUGGCAGAAAAGACCCAAUGGUAUUAAUAAACAUAAUUAAUUAGGUAUCAUUCCAAAAAAUCGAUGGGUGAACAGUGAAUAUUUGUAAAAAUAUGAUAUAAAAUCAUUGUGUUACUAUCUUUUUAAAAAAUUAUAAUGA